UAAAAUUCCUCUUUUGCAUGGAGAAAAUUAAGCAAGAUGCGUCCGUUGAAGGAGGUGAACCUAAAGGAAUUCCUUGGUUUUGGUAUACAAUUUUGAAAAAUGUUACUCAUACGGCUGAUAUGAUUAAGAUUCUUGAUGUUUUUUGA